GCCUCCUAAUCCAUGACGUGUGGAGCCAACAUUGAUGGCUGAGCUGCUCUGAUUUCUUCCAAAGUUGGUUGGCUUGGCCUGGUGUUAAAGAAGAAACUAUCAUUUAGCCAAAAUGGCCUUUGUGUGGAUCCAAGCAUUGUUUGGGCUAGCUGUCUACGCCAUUUGUGUGGUGGGAUCUUCGCAGCCACAAGCAAGAGUAUUCCUGCCAUUCGACGAACUUAAGGACACACAGACAUCUGAAUACUACAGUAUAUCACAGAACCCCCUGGACUACAGGAUCUUGUUAAUGGAUGAAGACCAGGACAGAAUCUAUGUGGGCAGCAAGGAUCAUAUACUGUCAUUGAAUAUUAACAACAUUAGUCACGAUCCUCUCAGUGUUUUCUGGCCAGCUACACCACACAAAGUUGAAGAGUGCAAGAUGGCUGGCAAGGAUCCCACACAUGGCUGUGGUAAUUUUGUACGUGUUAUUCAGAGCUUCAACCGAACUCACUUAUACGUAUGUGGAAGUGGAGCCUUCAGUCCUUUAUGCACAUAUGUCAACCGAGGCCGAAGAUCUGAGGAUCGUGUUUUUUUGAUCGAUUACAAAAAUGAAUCUGGAAAAGGGCGAUGUUCUUUUAACCCAAAAAUAAACACAGUUUCUGUUAUGAUCAAUGAAGAGUUGUUUUCUGGAAUGUAUAUAGAUUUUAUGGGCACUGACUCUGCUAUCUUUCGAAGUCUAACAAAACGUAAUGCUGUAAGAACUGAUCAGCACAAUUCAAAGUGGUUAAGUGAGCCAAUUUUUGUGGAUGCACAGCUUCUUCCAGAUGGAACAGAUCCAAAUGAUGCAAAGGUUUAUUUCUUUCUGAAAGAGAGACUGACUGACAACAGUGGGAGCACCAGGCAGAUUCACUCUAUGAUAGCAAGAGUUUGCCCAAAUGACAUUGGUGGACAAAGAAGUCUUGUUAACAAGUGGACGACCUUUUUAAAGGCCCGGCUUGUGUGUUCAGUGAUGGAUGAUGAUGGAACUGAAACUCAUUUUGAUGAAUUGGAGGAUGUUUUUCUAAUGGAAGCAGACAAUCCUCGGAAUACUUUGGUAUAUGGCAUUUUCACAACCUCAAGCUCUGUGUUUAAAGGAUCUGCAGUAUGUGUAUAUCACAUGCCUGACAUUCAAACAGUGUUCAAUGGACCAUUUGCUCACAAAGAAGGACCCAACCACCAGCUGAUUCCUUAUCAGGGCCGAAUUCCAUACCCAAGGCCUGGUACAUGUCCUGGAGGUGCAUUUACCCCAACUGUACUGACAACAAAGGAAUUCCCAGAUGAUGUUGUUACAUUUAUUAGAAAUCAUCCACUUAUGUUCAACUCCAUUUAUCCGGUACACAAGAAGCCUCUUCUAAUAAGGACAGGAACAGACUACAAGUAUACAAAGAUAGCAGUGGACAGAGUGAACGCAGCAGAUGGAAAGUACCAUGUCCUAUUUCUUGGAACAGACAAAGGAACAGUACAGAAAGUGAUUGUCCUUCCUGGUAACAGUUCUGGAAGCAGUGAACUGAUUCUGGAAGAGCUGGAGGUUUUCAAGAGUCAUGCUCCAGUAACCUCAAUGAAGAUUUCUUCAAAAAAGCAACAACUGUAUGUUAGUUCAGAAGAAGGAGUCACUCAAGUAUCUUUACAUCGCUGCCAUAUCUAUGGAACUGCAUGUGCUGACUGCUGCCUAGCCAGAGAUCCCUACUGUGCCUGGGAUGGAAAGUAUUGUUCCAGAUUUUAUCCAUCAGGGAAAAGGAGAAGUAGAAGACAGGACAUAAAACAUGGAAAUCCGGUUACUCAGUGCCGUGGAUUUAACUUGAAAGGCUACAGGAACACUGAAGAAAUUAUACAGUAUGGUGUGAGAAAUAACACAACUUUCUUGGAGUGCAGUUCAAAAUCUCCACAGGCCUCUGUCAAAUGGCUGCUUCAGAAGGAUAAUGACCGAAGGAAAGAGGUUAAAAUAAAUGAAAGGAUCAUUUCAACCGGUCAAGGACUUCUUAUCCGUUCGGUUCAGGACCCUGAUCAAGGAACUUAUCACUGUAUAGCAACUGAAAAUGGCUUUAAGCAAACAGUAGCCAAAAUCACUUUGAAAAUCUUAGAACCAGAACUUGUGAAUUUUAUGACUGACAAAUCUCAGUGGAUCUGGGCAAGUACUUUGAGUGGCCUACAAUUUCAUCCCAAGGAUCUCACUGGAUCAUUCAGUCAUUCGGAGAUGCAGAUGAUUAACCAGUACUGCAAAGAAAACAGACAGAAAAAAAGUCAGGUGUCGGAAGUACCAAAACUUAAAGGGGAUUAUGGCAAAUUAAAAGUCCUCCUGAACACCAGAAAAAGUAGAAAUCGAAGAAAUCAGUUACCUGGAUCUUAAGCAUUUUUAUGAUUACAGCCGUAGAAUCUAAAAUUUGUUACAAGUCACCUAGGCAAAAAGUAUGAAAAUUAAAAAUGCAAUGAAAUAUUUAUAUUCACUAGAGCAAAAGAACAUUCAGUCCUAAGUGUUCCUCUUCGUUCUUACUGAGAGCCUAAACAAUUUCAUGUUCCUCCAAUAUUGACAUACAUGGUUGAUGCCUACUUAUUGCUUUGGUGUUUUCUAUUAUUGUUUGGGCUCACAUAAACUAAAGUUAUUUUUACACCUUAUUUAUUAGAUUUUUUUAUUAACAAGAAAAUAAAUUUAAGUUUUUGACAAUUUGCUGUAUGUAAAAAAAGAUGGAUGCCAAUGAGUUUAUGUUUAUACUGUUGUCUUAUCAAAUGUUGCACAGAAAUAUUGCAUUGCACUCCAUAGCAAUCAGUUAUCUAAUUUUAUUAGUCUGACUACUUCUGGGAAAUGCUUAAGUGAGGUUACUGUGGGCUGCAACACAUCAAUAUUUCCAUCAUGUGAUGAAAAGGCCCUUCAAUGUAGAUGAGACUCCAUGGGGAACCAUUUGCAUAGCUCAAAUACUGAAAGUUGAAUGCAGAUGGUAAUAAAAUAAUCAUUUGAAGCAUUGCAAAGGAAAGCACCCAAAUAAUUUGCUUUAAUAAAUCCAGAAAUGUAUAUUAAGAUAUCAUAUUAUGUUCAAAGGUCAGUCUGCUAAUCAAUUGUAAGAACAUAUUGGAAGAGAGUAAAAUUUACUGAUGCAGUUUACUUUUCUGCAGACCAAAUUUUCUUUCUUAAAUCAGUGGCCUGCCAUCUGAUAAAAUACUAGGAGAAGAAGCGUACUAAAGAGAGCAGAAAGUUGAAAGGGUUGGCAGGAAUCAAGAGACCUCCUAUAUGUCCAGAAUGUUGAUACCAGGUAAAGUGAGUUGGGGUCUAGGUAUUGAUCGAAGGGGUUAAGCUAAGAACUUUACAAGCGUAGUGUAA